GCCAGUGUGGUUCGGCAUUUCGGCAAGUGCUUUCCUUCUUCCGAUUCCCGCACACUAUCUGUUCCCGUUGCUUUUGUGACAGUGUUGUGUUGGUGCGUUAAGCAGGACAACUUUAGUGUUUAACUUCCCGUAAACCAUCCUCACCGGAUCCUCCCGUUCCCGGAGCUGACACAUCAGCGGAAGUGAUCGCAUCGCCGCCUCGGCAAUGGCGGCCGUAAGGUGCAGGGUAGCGGCAUUGCUGCUGUUACUUCUAGCCGCCAUCGGAACGAAUGCAGCCGGGCAACAGCCAGCCAUCGUGGAAAGUGAGAAUGCACGGGACAGCGAUUUGGUGUUUGAAGAUGAAAAACCAUCGGACUCAUCAAACUUUGACAGGCUAAUGGAUAUUGAGAACGAAGAAAAGCUCCGGUUAUUUGCCGCUCACUCCAAGCUCACGUUUGAACAUUCCGAUGAGCCGGUGGACAUUGGCGAAUCGCUCAGCAGCGAAGAACCUGCGGACGACGUCGAGGAGUUCAAUGAGGAUGAGGAGGAAACCGACAAUGAGGUGGCUCUGCCGGACGAGGCGCAAAAGGACGAACAAAACCAGAGCUGGCUGAUGCGCAACGUGAAGCGUAUCAAACGUAGCCUGGACAGUUUGUGGAGCGGCGCAAAGCCAAGCGAUGCGAACGCUGAGGGCGAACACAAUGUUACGAAGCACGGCAAGCACAAGAAGAAAGCCAGCACGCUGGAAAAGCCACGGAAAUCGAAAAACAAAAAGAAGCAGCUUACGAAAGAAGAGCGCCAAAAGAGACGGGAGCAGAAAGCUGCUGCUGAAACGGUUUCGGAAACGACAACUACUCGGCGAUCCAGUUCCGGACUGGCUCACCAGCAUCAGGUAACGCACAAUGCGAUACCAACGGUUGACGGAAAAUCGACAAAGUUUAUUGGAGUUCGUCCCAAACGUCAGUUCGAUACGUUCCUCGAUACCGAAGGCAGCGGUUUUGAAGGUUCCGGCGAGAACGGUGCCGGCGAAGAGAAUUGGACAUUCUACAAAAUGAUGAUCACGCUGAAUGAACGGUUCCAUCACAGUAUGCGUCAAGAUAACGAAAAGAAGGCGCACGUCUCCGAGCUAGUCAAGAACCUGAUCGAAGAAUCGCUACGAAUGGAAUUUGAAGUGAACACGAAACAGUUCGAUCCAUACCCGUUGAACGAAGACCAAACAGUGGUAACACUGCAGCUGCAUGCACCAAAGGACUUAAACUUGGAUGACAUGGAGGACAGAAUACGUUCGCAGCUGGAGAGUGGGCUCUAUGAGCUAAGCGCCGACGGACUUUCGCUGGUGCUCGCCGAAGAUACUGAUUUCAAUGUGUACGGUAAGAUUCCACCCAUUCUCAAUCCUGUCCGGGACACACCAUUCCAUGGCCGCGGUAGUAAUGAUGGUGAUGAAGAGGAAGACGAUGAGGAGGAUGAAGAGGAGGACUUCGCCACCGAUCAACCGAUUGACGGAACGGAGCCAAACGAGAAUGAUGUGGAAUCGACCACCCCGGCACAUAGUUUCGAUAACGAACACGACUACCGGGCGGAAACGACGGAUUUGUGCCGUGGUGACGAUAAAGUGCGGUGCGGCAAAACGUCCGUGUACAUCUGUGCCAUCCAAUGGUGCGACGGUAACCCGGACUGCCCCCACGGCGAAGAUGAAAACGCGAACGAGUGUCAAAAGUGCGAAAAGGACGAAUUUUCUUGCGAUGGAACCAGAUGCAUAUCGCUCGAGAAGAAAUGUGACGGCCGUCAUGACUGUAACGAUGGACAGGAUGAAGCGGAUUGCCACGUAGGUUGUCGACCGGACGAAUUCGUUUGCCUGGAUGGUACUUGCAUCGAUCCGGCCAGGCAUUGUGACGAUGUGCCAGACUGUGCACGAGGCGAAGAUGAACAGGACUGUGACGUUACGGAGUGUGACGAGUCGAGUGAAUUCUUGUGCCGUUCGGACAACACCUGCAUCCCGAAGGAUUCUGUAUGCGACCGUCGAUCGGACUGUUCCGAUGGUUCUGAUGAAGAAAACUGUGAUGUGCCACGCGGGUGCACACGCUACGAGUUUCAGUGUCGAUGGGAUAAACAAUGCAUACCGCUGGAGAAGAAAUGCGACAGGGUGUAUGAUUGCUACGAUAAAACCGAUGAGCAAGUUUGUGACUGCACCGUGCACGAGUUCCGAUGCGAUAACGGACACUGCAUUCCCAAUUAUCAACGGUGCGAUCGCGUGAACCAUUGUAACGACCGAUCCGAUGAACGGGGAUGCAACUUUACAAACGGUCGAUGCAGCGAUGAGGAGUUCCUUUGUAACAAUGGCAAUUGCAUUCCGAAGCAUUACACUUGUAACAAUGUCGACGAUUGUGGUGACAAUUCGGACGAGGACCUGGCAAUGUGUGACGAAUAUAAUCAAUAUGGUACCUGUCAGCCGGAAGAGUUCACUUGCUACGAUGGAGGCUGUGUUCCACGAUCGGUCAUGUGUGAUGGGCACCGUGAUUGCGAGGAUGGUACCGACGAAAUGGAAUGUGACCAUACUCCAACGAUCAAAUCACUGAGCCGCUGUGGCCAAGGCCAGUUUGAGUGUAACGACGGCAUAUGCAUUGCGGAUUACAAACACUGCAACGGUAUCGUUGACUGCCACGAUGAAUCCGACGAAACUGGCUGCAAUCCCGAUGCGUGUAGCUCCGACGAGUUCUCGUGCGAUGGCCAGUGUUACGAGAUGCAGGCCUUCUGCAACGGUAUACCCGAUUGCAUGGAUGGCAGCGAUGAGCAAAACUGUAUCGUCUGCAAUGGCGCUACGUUCCAUUGCAAGAACAAGCAAUGCAUUCUGUCGGAACACUAUUGUGAUGGGGAACCCCACUGUAGCGACGGUAGUGACGAGCUUGACUGUAACAACAAUACGAACUGCAAUCAGUACGAGUGGCAGUGUAGAAAUGGCUUAUGCAUAAACAAGGAUUUCCGCUGCGAUCAGGCGUACGAUUGUACGGAUGGCUCUGACGAGCACGACUGCGAGCACCAAGGAAAUAACAACGAUCCAUGCCGCGAGGAAGAGGUCUACUGUGAUAACAGAUGCCUCGAAGAAUAUCGUCGGUGCGACGGCCAUGAAGAUUGCUUGGACGGAACGGAUGAGCUGGAUUGUCCUAGAUUGCCAGAGCAGCGUUGCGAAGAGCUACAGUGUCCGGAUGGUAGUUGCUACAGACAUUCGCAGCGGUGUGAUGGAGUACGCGACUGUCCCGAUGCAUACGACGAGCACAACUGUCCUUGCCGAUCGAAUGAAUUCACAUGCGGCGAUGGCCUUUGCAUACCCAGCUUCCAAGUGUGCAACCGACGCACUGACUGUGCGGAUGGAUCCGACGAGCGAAACUGUUCGUGUGCAAGGGACGAGUUCCGCUGCGGUACUGGCCAAUGUAUCGACAACAACCGUCGUUGCGAUCAGCGUAUCGAUUGUGCCGAUGGAUCAGAUGAAAGAGAUUGCAGGCCGGUUGGCUGUAGAUCCAACGAAUGGAAAUGCCAUGAUGGUCAAUGCAUCCGGCUCGAACAACGAUGCGAUCGUCGGUACGAUUGUGCGGAUCGUAGUGAUGAGUUGAGCUGCUAUAGCUGCGGUCCGAACAAAUUCCGAUGCGAGAAUGGUCCUUGCAUUGCAAUGGCGUUGAAAUGUAACGGAAGGGUAGACUGUCCAUAUGAUACAAGCGAUGAGCUUGAUUGUACCGAUGAAUCCGAAUACGUCCCUCCACCGCCGUUCGAUCAACCAAGACUGAACCUCAGGACGUACCCCGAUGAACAAACGAUCAAAGAAAAGGAAAUUGUGGAGGGCAACGAAGUCGUAUUCCAAUGCCGCGACGAAGGACCAAUGCAUGCCAAGGUUAGGUGGGUGCGUGGCAAUGGCCAACCGUUACCUCCCGGCACGAGAGACAUGAACGGUCGCCUGGAAAUACCCAACAUUCGGAUCGAUCACAAUGGUGAAUACGUGUGUGAGGCUGUCGGCUAUUCGAAAUCAACGCCCGGAAGCAGCAAGACGGUACAUCUAACUGUCGAACGAUACAACUACCAACGACCACCGACAGCGUGCGCGGUUCAUGAAGCGACCUGCAUGAACGGUGACUGCAUUCUAAAGACGCAGAUUUGCGACGGCAAUCGUGACUGUAACGAUGGUUCCGAUGAGACGGGAUGCAGCCCGUACCAACAGUGCGAACCGAACCAGUUCAAAUGCCGCAACAGUAAGUGCGUACUCAAGACAUGGCUGUGCGACGGUGAGCAGGACUGUGGUGACGGUUCGGACGAAGAAAACUGUGCCACGCUAUCGCCCGAUGCACCCUGCCGAUACGACGAGUUCCAGUGCCGAUCCGGCCAGUGCAUUCCGAAGUCAUUCCAGUGCGACACGCACCCAGACUGUCAGGACAAAUCGGACGAAGUUGGUUGCAUGGCACCAUCGGUGAUACUGCCACCGCCACCGUCACUAACAAUUCCGGCCGGCGGUAUACUGAACAUCACAUGCCGUGCUACCGGCGUACCGGUACCAUUGAUCGUGUGGCGACUGAACUGGGGACACGUGCCGCAAAAGUGCAAAUCGCGCAGCGAUCAAGGUUUGGGCCGGUUGACCUGCGAGGAUAUGCAACCGAUCGACUCCGGUGCGUACUCGUGCGAGAUCAUCAACACGAUGGGCACGCACUUCGUGUCACCCGACACGAUUGUCAUCGUAACGGGCAGUGGUCCUGUUUGCCAGCAGGGCACCUUCAACAACAAAGCGCGCAAUCCGACUGACUGUAUCAACUGUUUCUGCUUCGGUGUGUCGACCACUUGCAGCAGUGCCGAUCUGUACACGUACGCGCUAAAACCACCAGUAUCAUCGCUGACGAUCGUCGGUGUUGAGGGGCCGUGGAGUGGUCGAAGAGAAUUGACAGUGGGCGAGUUCGAAAAUCACAACCUCACUGCACAGCGCCACGGUGUGCAACUGCGCCUCACUAAUCUUGUUCCAGGGCGUCGCGUUCCGUACUAUUCGCUACCGGAGGAGUAUAAGGGCAAUCAGCUCAAAUCGUACGGUGGAUCCAUUCGCUAUGAUGUCGAGUACGAUGGCACUGGUCGUCCUGUGAAUUCUCCAGAUGUAAUACUCAAGGGUAAUGGAAUGACACUGGUACACUGGCAUAGAGGCACGUUCCAUCCGGACAUUAAAAACCACGUUUCGGUCAGUUUGCUUCCCAGCAACUGGGAGCGUGCGGAUCGUACGCCAGCGACACGGGAGGAUAUUAUGAUGGUGCUGGCCAGCAUCGAAAGCAUUCUGAUACGUAUGCAGUAUGUGGAUGGAAUCGAGCGUAACAUUGAGUUGGUGAACGUCAUGAUGGAUUCGGCCGCCCAUGACGACCGUGGGCUUGGCUCAGCUUCGCUGGUGGAAGAGUGCCGUUGCCCACCCGGCUAUCGGGGACUAUCGUGCGAAAGCUGUGAGCACGGUUAUGUGCGACAGAGCAGCGGACCAUGGCUGGGACGCUGUGUGCCACGCGCGGAAGAAUGUCGCCCCGGCUACUACGGGGAUCCGAAUCGAGGCAUUCCUUGCCAACCGUGCCCCUGCCCGGUUGCUGGUGAAAAGUCAAGGGCCCGUUCCUGCUAUCUGGACAGUCGGGACAAUGUGGUGUGCAAGUGUGACCGUGGAUAUGCAGGCGAACGGUGUAUGGAAUGUGACGUGGGUUACGUCGGCAAUCCGCUCGGUGAAGGAUGCUUCCCAAGGCCCGUCUCGAACUGCAACUCCCUCGGCACGGAAAGGGUCGGCUCGGAUGGUCGGUGUUAUUGCAAGCCGGGCGUCGAGGGAGCGUACUGUGAUCGGUGCGAAAACCAUUUCUUCCACAUGUACGAUAAGGGAUGCAUCGAUUGCUUCUGCAUGGGCGUUGUGAACCAGUGCAGCAGUACUACCUGGACACGCGAUACCAUUCAAGCUUCGUUCGCUGACGGUCGGUCAGGAUUCUCGCUGAUUUCGGACUACAACAAACCAUCGGUUGUUGCGCAGGCACUGCCAAUUUCGAACAGAGAGAUCGUGUACCGCAGCUUUGGUGCCAGUGACGAUACCUUCUACUGGAGGCUUCCAACCCAGUUCUUGGGAAAUAAGCUUACUUCGUUUGGUGGCACACUGAAUUACACGUUGCGCUAUACUCCCCACUCAUCCGGUGGCGUUUCGCGUAACAAUUCUCCAGACGUCGUACUGCACAGCGGUAACAAAAUUAAGCUGCAUCACUAUCGAACCAGCAACGGCAUCUCACCAUACGGAUCGAGCACACAUUCGGUUGCGAUCGUAGAGGAAGAGUGGCAAAACUAUGAGGACGGCAACACCGUCAACCGGGAGUAUCUGCUUAUGGCACUAGCGAACGUUAGUGAUAUCUUCAUCAAGGCAACGUACAACACGGUUUCAAACGAGGCAGCCCUUUCACACGUAAGCCUAGACAUUGCCCGGGACACACCGUACGGCAGUGGCGUUCGUGCCUGGCCUGUCGAGCAGUGCCAGUGCCCGGUCGGUUUCAUUGGUCUGUCGUGUGAAGACUGUGCGCCCGGAUAUUUCAAGGGCGAGCAAGGAAUUUAUCUCGGACUGUGUGAACCUUGCGCCUGCAAUGGACAUUCGGAGGAGUGCGACGCGCAGACCGGUGUCUGCAUGAACUGUCGCGAUAACACGUACGGCAACAACUGCGAAUUGUGUCGUCCACCGUACACUGGCAACGCGACCGUUGGCACACCGUACGAUUGUACGCUCAGCAGACCCGAUCAAGCGUUCGACUGUCGGGAGUGUGAUGUGCGCGGCUUCACUGGCAGUUGUCAGCGGGGCUGCGAGUGCAAGCGGCUCGUCGAGGGACGCCGCUGUGAUCAGUGCCGCGAGGGUUCGUUCGGGCUGAGCGAGCAUCACGACACCGGCUGUUUGGAGUGUUUCUGUUCCGGUGUGACGAAAUCGUGCGGCAGCUCGAACAUGUACCGCGAAGAGCUGCCAGUGCUGGUGGACAUGUUUGAUAACACGAUCACGCUGACCGAUCGCGACGGUAAGCUGAUGGUGAGCAACAACUUCAACAUCAACCAGAGCAUCAACGAGAUCAGUUACACGUUCCGCGAUCGUGAAACUUACUACUGGAGCUUACCCCACAUCGUGCUCGGCAAUCAGGUGCUAUCGUACGGUGCCAAUCUUACCUUCACGCAACACGUCGACGGUGGCCGACCGCAGCCAGAUCAGGACGUUAUACUGGUCGGUAGUGGUAUGAAACUGUCAUGGUCGUCUUCACGCGAUUACCACGAGGACGGUACUAUCACCGUACCGCUGCUUGAACGUAAAUGGACUGUGACCAACCGGCGAAAUUCGUACCCCGCAUCCAGAGGUGAUCUGCUGACGGUGUUAGCCAACCUGGAUCACAUUCUGAUCCGGGCAACGACUAAGGAAUCUACUAGGGUAUCCAAGUUGAGUGACAUUACACUCGGAACGGCAAUUCCCACGCCAACAGGUACACGUGCCAGUGAGGUCGAAAUGUGUCGCUGUCCAAAGGGAUAUCGUGGAACUAGUUGUGAGCAAUGUGAGGACUUGCACUAUCGCGACAUUUACGAUCGUUCGGCCGGACUUCUGGGCGCAUGUAAACCCUGCCCAUGCAACCGUGAUAAUUCCGACUCUUGUCAGAUGGACAAUCGCGGUGUUGUAGUGUGCAACUGUCGGGAAGGUUACAGUGGAGAUAAUUGUGAUAAUCAAUUAUCUACACACCAUCCAGCGAGUCGCAGACCGGCUUACAGUAGGGUUCCUACCAAAGUUAAAUGCACAAACAAUGCCUUUCUACACACGCUCAAGAACAAUCUCUACGAUCUCUACCACAAGUGUGAUAAUGACGGUGUGGAGAUCGGUGUGUUUUACAAGAGCAAGCGAUCGAAUGAAGAAAUCGACACACGCCCGACUGUACCACCACGAAAUCCCGUAAUCGAAGUGGUCAUCAACGUACCUUCCAUUAAGAUCGUCGAGAUCGGCGAGGAUUUCCAUGCGGACUGUAAGGCACAUCACAUCAUUACGCAGAACCCAAUAGACGUACACUGGACCAGAAUGAAUGGACGCAUGCCGGAAACUGCUUACACAGACCGUGGAACGCUGGUGAUUACCAACAUUCAAAUUACCGAUGGCGGUUUGUACGUGUGUAAGGCGGGCAGUGGUGCCGAGGUGGUGUACAAGCAGAUCACGAUCAACGUCAGCGAACAAGAACCGGUCAAACCGACGUUGACAAUAUCGUCACAGUUCGUCGAUCAGGACGAAUAUCAACCGGCAGAAGUGCGCUGUACGGCCACCGGUUAUCCCACACCCAUGAUCCGGUGGGAACGUGUCGACCAACCGCUACCGUACAACAUUGUCAACGAGGACGGUCUGCUGCGGUUCAACUCGCUGCGGUUGCAGGAUGCCGGCACGUACAGCUGCCGUGCUAGCAAUAAUGUCGGCGAGGAAUAUAAAAUCUUGACGGUGUAUGUACGACCCGCCGUCGGACCGACGCUACCACCAUCCCUGCCGCACGAGCUGGAACGCAUUGAAAUCACGCCUAGCAGCUUCGAUGGACAGCCGGGCGAAAAGAUCCAGCUCGUCUGUCGGUGCUCACCGACCGCACAGAUCGUCUGGACAAAGCUGGGCGAACCGCAGCUACCGUACAACGUGAACGUGAACAACGAGAUACUCAUCAUCGAGCAUGCAUCGCAGGAGAAUACGGGUCGGUACAGCUGUACCGCGUACUUCCCGAACGGACGCGUCAAGACAUCGACCGUCGAUGUUAUGAUAACCGAUAAUAAUUUGCCUCCAGAACCGAACAGGGUUGCACCGCGGGUAAAUCCACUCAACAAAAACUACAUCGUUAUGCAAGGUGCCGAUUUUUCGCUUUCCUGCGAAGCGACCGGCACUCCAUUCCCAACCAUCAAGUGGACACUGAGUGGCAAAACGUUCGAAAGUAACGUCCAGCAGAGUGGCAACGUGCUGCGUAUCUUCAACGCGCAGCCGAGCAACGGUGGCGUGUACAUCUGUGUCGCCAACAACGAGGAGGGCAUGGAUCGAGCCUACACCGUGGUAGAAAUUGAUCGUCGAGAGAAGCCAAUCCUGGAAAUCUAUCCGAGCGAACCGCAAUCGAUCAAGGUGGGAGAAUCGGUGCGUCUUAGCUGCCGUGCAUCCAGCGGUGUACCGUACCCAACGAUCACCUGGGUCCGGAAGGAUCGUAUGCCGUUAUCAUCUCGCUUCACCAACGACGCGGAAGGUGUUAUAACUUUGCGCGAAGCCACCCUGGAAGAUGCGGGCGAGUAUGAGUGCCGGGCGGAGAAUGUAGCCGGUACGACCGUCAUUGCCACCACUAUCGAGGUAUUGCAGCCACCCAUCAUCACACUGCAGCCGAACGAAUAUCACAAGAUCACGGAGAACGAUGACUUCACGAUUCACUGCUCGGCAACGGGCAAACCGGCUCCAAUGGUCACCCUAACACCGCCGCGCGGCGCGGUCCGAUCGCACUUUGGCCAACAGACGGAAGGUUUGCGUGAGGUAACGCUCAACCUACACCGGGCCGAGCUGACCGAUGCUGGAACGUACGAGUGUACGGCCAAGAAUGCGGCCGGUGAAGAUUCGCAAUAUCUGACGCUGCAGGUGGACACGAAGCGUGGUGAUGUUGGUGGGUACGACGAUGACUACGAUUCGCCGUCACGCGUACCGACGCAACCGCCACGCCCAAACCACCCGCAGUAUCCGAUCUUCCACACGUACAAGGCGGUGCUCGGCGAGGAAUCGCAUCUGAUGUGCCACGAGGAGUACCGUAACGCCAUGACCGAAUGGCGCCGCAGCGAUGGGCGUCCGCUUCCGUACGGUUCCAUCGUGCGGGGUGGCAAUCUGACGAUUGAAAACACCGGCUACGAUGCGAACGGCAUGUACGAUUGUGUCACGUACACGAGCGUCUCGUCGCAACCGGUGACGAUAGUACGCAUCAUGGUCGAUGUUGUCGCACCGCCGAAGAUCACCUUCAGCCCAACGAUGCCGAUGACGGUGCGACCGGGCGAUAAGGUGGACAUCUACUGUAACAUAACGGGCGAACAACCGAUCCAGUCGCGCUGGCACGGUGAGCAGGGCUAUCCGCUGCCCCGCACGGUACAGGUGUACGGAAACUAUUUGCGAUUCUCUAGUAUCGCGCUGGAGGAUGCCGGUCGGUACUACUGUACCGCAUCGAACAUACACGGCAACACCACGAAGGUUGCGGAAGUGAUCGUUAACAAAAACGAACUCAUGCCGGAGCCUCCAACAUCCGGCCAGCGUUUCUACAACGUGGUGCAGGGUUCGUCGAUACGGUUGGAUUGUAAGCUGCCGUCCGAUGCACCUUACGUUAAGGUUCUGUAUAACUGGAAUCGCCGGGAACAACAACUACCCCCGAACGCUAGAAUUGCAAUGAAGGGCAAACAGAUGCAACUUACCAAUGUCGCCAGGGAUGACGCUGGUACAUACGAGUGCAGAAUGACCUACCCGAACGGCACUGUCGUGUAUGAUUCCGUAGUACUAACUAUCACGGGUAACCUAAACAAACCAACAUCUCAACCGAUCGUCAUAAUACAACUCUGUACCGAGGCGCCUCCUUACUAUCCAUACGUUAUCCACAUUACCUACAUCGGCUGCGUGAGGAAUAACGUGCCGCGGAUACAGCGCGCCCGAAAGCGGAACGUAUCCCGGUCGGGACGGGCCGGUAUCGCCAGGUCCACGGUUAAGGAUGCUGCGUUGGCGGAUGUGGAUGUCGGUGUCGAUCGUCCGAAACGCCCACCAACGUACCAGCUCGCACCAGAGUCACUGCCAAUUCUGCAGCUGGAACCAUCUCAUUCCAUGGUACGGCCGGGCGAAUCGCUCGUCGUCGAUUGUAGCUCGUCCGCCGGUACGGGUGUACCGAUCCGGUGGGAAAAAUCCGACGGAACGACACUGCCGUACAACAUUCGUCAAGAAGGCAACCGGCUCUACAUUCAGAAUGCCCGCGAGGAUGACUCCGGCACGUACACGUGCGUCUGCUACACGGAGGACGGUUUGCGCUACAUUUCCGACUUCCAGCUGGAGGUGGAGGAAAACACGAUCCCGGAUGUGUUGCCGCGCAGCACGACGCGGCUAGAGUUUGCCGAACGGGGUACGACGGUGAAGCUGCAGUGCAACACAGACCAGUACUCAAACUCCUACCACUGGACCCGUGUGGACGGUGAAUUACCAUCCGAUCGAGAUACGCGCGGAUCCGUUCUGAUGCUCCCGAAUGUGCAAGCUUCCGAUGCCGGAAAGUAUGUCUGCUCGGCGAAACACGGUGGCCAGACGGUGAACGUCGUCAUAACGCUGGUGGUCAACAACGUCAUACCGUUCUUCCCGCAGUCACCGCUCAGCUACAUGGAGUACAAAUCGUUCGACAACGUGUACUCCAAGUUCUAUUUCGAGAUCUCGUUCAAGCCCGAGAAGAUGAACGGUCUCAUACUGUACGCGUCGCAGCGCCGCCCGAACCAGGACUACAUCGCACUAUCGCUCCGCAACGGUUACCCGCAGUUCCGCUUCAACUUUGACGGCCAGCAGGUAGUGCUGCAGCCGGAGAAACCGGUGCACAUGGGCAAAUGGCACACGGUGAAGGUGAACCGUGUGCGCAACAACGGGUUCCUGCUAGUGGACGACCAAACACCGGUCAACUUCCCCGAGAAGCUGAAAUUCUACGGACUCAACCUGGACGACCAUCUGUUCGUGGGCGGUGUGCCACACUUCGACCAGGUGCCGGCAUCAGCGAUGGAGUUCAAGGAGGGCUUUGUUGGGUGCAUCAGCCGGCUGAAGCUGAACGAACGGGAGGUGCAGCUGUACCAGGACGCGCUGGAAACGGUCGGCAUUACGACGUGCGAACCGUGCGCUGAAGAUCCGUGCAACAAUGCGGGCACUUGCAUGGAGGCGCAAACUACCCAAGGCUUUAGCUGUCUGUGUCGGGACGGAUACACCGGACGGAACUGUCAGCACGAGGGUGACGGCUGUGGCGCGGAUACGUGCGGCGUUGGACGCUGUGAGGAAACGGACAGCGGAACGGAAUGCUACUGUCCGAUACACAAGACCGGCGAUCGCUGCCAGUACACCGAACACUACACGGACGCGACGCUUGCCUUCAAGGAUGGAAGUUAUGCUGCUUACGACAAAUUCCAAUCAAGGCGUAGCAUUCGCUUCCGCUUCAAACCGGACUCGUUGGAGAACGGUAUUAUGUUCUAUGCGGCGGAACACGAACAGGCUUAUGGAGACUUUAUGGCGGUCAUUCUCAACAACGGAUACGUCGAGCUGCGCUACAGUGUGGCCGGAAAGAUGAAACCGCUAAUUAUACGCUCGACCAUACCGAUUGAGGCUGGUCAGUGGCAUACGGUGUCGGCAGGACGUAGCAAGGGUGGUGCCGGAUUUUUGCAGGUAGACGAUGAACCACCGCACAACGAGAUCGCCAACCGCAACACUCCUAUUCUGCUCAAGACGAAGGUGUACGCUGGUGGGUAUGACAAGCGGCUGCUGCUCAGCCAGGAGAUUGGAGUCCGGCGGGGCUUUGAGGGUUGUAUAGCUGAGCUCGAAACGUCUGGCAACAAGCUGAACAUGAUUGAUGACAUACGGGACUCGGCAAACGUUUACCACUGUGGACACGCGGGUGCACCCCAACCGUACCCGUCCGACGUCGAAAGUCCGGUCACAUGUCGGCCGGGACGCGGUGGCUACGACUGUGAAACCAUCACCGAUAUCUGUCUGGACCAGCGGCCCUGCGAGAAUGGUGCCCUCUGCCAGACGCACCACGGUGGUCUCAACUACACCUGCACCUGCCAGCCGGGCUAUCUGGGUUUGAGGUGCGAGGUGCAGUACAACACGCUCGUUGCAUCCCGCUUCAGCGGCAACGGUUUCAUCGAGAUCAACCCGAUGGCGUUCAAGUACGGCGAAAACCAGCUCACUACCGAGAUCGCGAUCAUGUUUAGCACGAGCGAACAGAACGGGCUGCUCAUCUGGUACGGGCAGCGCAACGACGAAGAGUUCCUUGGCCACGACUAUAUCGCGCUGGCUAUUCAGGGUGGUUUUGCCGAGUUGACGAUACGAAUGGACGGGCAGGAAUCGUACGUCCGCAACAGUGAUGUGUACGUUGCCGAUAACGAACGGCACGUCGCGCUGAUCCGUCGCGAGCGCAACCAGUUCCAUCUGCAGGUGGACGGGCUGACAGUGCACGGUGAAACGCGUCCCACCGGAAAGCAGACGAUGGACAUACCUGGCAGCAUCUAUGUCGGUGGUGUGCCGGAUGUUGAACGUGUCACCGGUAAUCGGUACAACGAAAGCUUCGACGGGUGCGUGUUCAGCGUCGAGCAGGUUGACGAGAACCAACCGAUCGAGCUGCGCGACUACGCCAUUCGCACCGUAAACGUAGAUGUGUGCGACGAACCUGACCUAGGACCGGAACCACCCGUUGUGUAAAAUUCCCCUCUGCAUACACAAGGCAACCAGCAGCUUCUAAUCGGACCCACAACGGUACAACGUUUUUUCGCUUCCAAGCGCGAUUAGAAAUGGUCCCGGAACUGUACGCUCUCAACCGGUGGCAACAUCGAGUGGCAACACAACCAACGAUGCUUAAUGUGGAGCGUGCAGUCAAAUAAAAAAAAACGAAGGACAACAGUGAACAUAAAAAAUAACAUAUAAAAACCAUGCAUACUAAAACUGUAUCGUAUACCUAUAGAAAUGCAGCAAUAUUGCACGACGAAAACAAAAAAAAAACAAAACCGCGUACAGUAACGAACAACGAAUGUGCCAAAUAAUUGUAGUAUUUAUGUAAAAGAAGGGAAAAAUGAACGAGAGAAAAUAAUAACGAAAGGCGGCACAGUCACGCCGUCCGACCGGCGUUAAGAUUUCGACCAGCACCGCCAUAUGUUUGUUUAAAACAAAUUUUGAAUUCUUCCACCCUCUCCCUGUGUGCGCGGGCAGAAAAAAUCCCUCCGACACGUGCACUUUCUUUUUUUGUCACUGCCAAACUUCACGUUUCACGUACGAUAUUACUUUGUCUCUAAUAUGUUGUUUUUAUAAUUGCUGCACAAUCGUGAGCGAUGGGUAACGGUCUGCGGCAUACGCCAUACCAGUCAACAAAACAAACUGCGCAACAAAAAUGAUUGUGUUCAUUCGCUUAGGAGGUAAAAAAAAGUAUCCUUAACCUUAGCUCAAAGGGAACACACACACCAAUUUCGUUUCGAUAUUAUAAUCUCAAAUUGUUGUUAUUCGCACACAUUGUAAUUCAGCACAGCUUUUAAUUUGUUCUUGUAUUUAAUGCCUCAAAACGCUCUUUUCGUAAGAAAGAUGUAGGGAUAGUUUCUUUCUACUAACUGCCCAUUACGAUGGUCUUCAAUUCCUACUACUAAGCACGCUCGAUACGUUGGAAAUGGCGAGUAAAACUGUUAGGAAAGAUGUUAUGAAACUAUGAUGAACAGAUAGAAACUAAAAACAAACAAAA